CCAAAGAAAACAAGAAACAAUUUCCAAGGCCAUUUCACUGUCCGCAUAUGUACACAUAGCCUCAUGUUUGUCAAAAGUUGAAUUUUAGAAAGGAGUUUUAAAACCGGUCCAUCUCUUCCAUAUUGGGGAAAAAAUCUCCAAACAUUUGGUCAGGCCCAUUUCUCUCGCCAGACGUGAAUGCUCUUUCUACGGAAACGUUAUGACCGUUGAAAGGGACACAAACGUAUAUUUGGUUCGGUAUUACUGCGUGAACAAAUUUAUAAACAUUUACUUAACCUAUAAAGGUUUCCGUACUUUUAUGAAAAUCAAAGACCUAUAAUUUAGAUAUGCCCAAUACGAAGUUUUAUUGAAUAACGUCGACAUAGAAUUAUCGGGUGAAGACGUGCGUAUUUAUGUAGGAUAUUUUCUCAACGUUUUGAAGACAAUUUCUUUAACGGGGAUCCGCUGUGUAUAAAUCAGUGGAGUAACUGAUAUCAGCUGUGUCGUCUCAGAAGCCACCUUACGUUUAGAAGAGGAAUGGCACACGAAAGACAGGUAAACAUACAAGGGCGAGAUCAGCAAGAACAUCCAGAAACACCGACGGACGAAUUUGCUGAACAGUAUCAAAGAACCUAAGUAAUGUCAGGAGCCAGAAGGAUUCCACAGCAAUUACCUAUUUACGAUGCCGAUACAAUGGCACCAAUGUUUAAAUCUCCAAAUACGAAUAAACAACCUCCAAGGAUACCAAUUAAAGCUACGCGCCCAUAUUCCGAAUUCAGUACCCCUCCUCCAGUAUUGAGCUCUGAUAUACAACCCAACGUAGGGAGUUGUUGUGUAUCUAUAAACGACAAUGAUUGUUCUAAAUCUUCGAGAAGAAGUAGACAUUCAUCCAUACAAAGAAAUCGGACACGAUCGGGUAACAGAUGGAAUUCGGUGGAGCGAGGGGAGCAUACAUCCGCCAGAGGGCGGCAGCAAUUUACAGAUCACCAAAUUGCAAACCCUAAAAUAGGCACAGAAAACUUCUCUACUGAGACAAGUAAUUUAGAUUCUGGACCACUUUCUGCUUUUAGAGGCAAAAGUCCACAUUACACAGAGAUAACAUCGCCUGAUGAUGUUUUCAAUUUCAUGGUAAAGUACAUGGAAGGAAGUGGUACUCCAGAAGACAUAAAGACCCAGUCUAGAUUAUUUCCGACAUACGUUGAUAUAAGCGACUGGUUCCGUAAGAAUAAAAGUAGAUUUACACUUAUCGAAAAGAAUGGAAGUGUCUCGCAUGUACUUGUGUACAGCAAACAGGUCAGUUGCUGCUUAGAUUACUAUCGAAAGGUCUCGUGUAGUAAAAGCGAUUGUCAUAGAUAUCACAUAUGCAAAAACUUGUUAUCAGGUAAAUGUGUAUUCGGCCGAAAGAACUGUAACUUUUCUCAUGAUUGUUUCGAUGAAAACAACUUAAAAAUCUCUAAUGCGUUAGGGUACAAUAACUUGUACACAAAUGAGGAGAUUUGUUCUAUUCUUAAGGUUAGUUUUCCACAUGUUUGUACCGAGUGGGCAUUGAAAGGCUUCUGUGGAAAACCCAACUGUUUUGAGUUACAUAUCUGCCCUAGAUACAUACUUGGUAAAUGCAACAAGGGACCAAACUGUUCCCACAUCCACGACAGAAAAUCUGACCAUAAUAAGCCGAUCUUAGAUGCAUUUGAAAUGUCAGAAAUGCAAUACAAUGUGUUCAAGUGGCGGGUCUUCAUGAUCAACAAUCCAGCUUGGAAAAGAAAUGAACAGAUUGCUGCAGAUGGCGCUUCUCCGUUACUUCCGGGAAAUAAACCGAGAUUCGGCAACAAAAAUCUUAUUAAAGAGGAAUCAGAUGCCGCCGGGGAUACGUUUAUCUGUACCCGUCAUCUUCUUGAGGAAUGUCAUGACCGCAGCUGCAAGUAUGUACACAGCAAUAGCAGACUACCAUAUAUAUGGCAAAUAAAACUGUUUGGAACAUGGAUAUCUCUAAAUGAAUCAGAAGAUGUCGAAAAAGCCUUUGCAGACAAUGCGUAUAGGUCAGACAGAAUUCGCAUGACUUACGAUGGAAUGGAACUUGUUACCCUGCUGCUGUUUGAACCAACAAUUAAGGCGAGAGUGAUCGUUUAUACUGAUGAAAGUCCCACAGAAACAGAAGCACGUCGUCUGUCAACCAUGUCUUACAAUCGAGUAUAUGAUAUUUCGUCAUCGUUCGAAAAUGAACGAGAAGAGAACACUGACGGUUUUUACACCCAGUGGAGGUGGUACUGGAAGGACGAUCUCAAUCAGUGGUUUUUGUUUGAACCAGACGCUUUUCAACACACAUUAGAAGCAAAAUACUUGGCUAAGCAAAAGACAUUCACUUUCUCAAGAGAGAACUAUUUCUUCAAUUAUACGAUAUCAUUUGAUCCGAUGUACCAAACCAACAACGAUACUAGAAAAAGCAGGGCUAUUAGGCGCCGCCCACUUCUAGUGACGCCAGAAGAUGUGAAGAGGAAGAGGUUUCCAAAUGUUUUAUCAGAUAUCCAUUUGAUAGAGACACCGCUUCCUAAAUCUUGGGUGCCAUGGGAUCUGAUACAUCCAUUUGAACUGGUAGAUAUUACUGACAGCAACACAUUGGAACUUCAGGAGGUUACGAAACUUUUCUUCAACACUGUAGAUUGCCGAAAAGAGAAAAUAGAUACGAUUUCUCGACUGCAAAAUCAUAAACUCUGGGGGCUAUUCUGUAGCCAAGAAAGGACAAUGGAAGCCAAUGCCAUGAGAGUUAGAGGUCCAUCUAUUCCGGUUGACAAGCGAUACUUAUUCCAUGGAACCGACGGCAUAGAUGCUGUUCGUGGAAUCUGUGUUAACAACUUCGAUGUUCGCGUAUCUGGAAAAUCUGGGAUAUUAUACGGUGAUGGUGCCUACUUUGCCAGGGACGCAAAAUACAGCCAUGCUUACACUAAAGGACCAGAAAGAUACAUGUUUGUUGUAAAUGUCCUAGUUGGACAGUAUACCAAGGGAAGUAAAUCUUACAGAAGACCGCCUCAUAAACCAGGAAGCGACCAUGAAUUGUUUGAUUCAUGUGUGGAUAAUGAUACAAAUCCGUCUAUAUUUGUUGUCUUUGACAAGAACCAGUAUUAUCCGGAAUACUUGAUAACGUAUCAUGAUGAAGAGCAAGAAAAUGUCGCUCGAAAAGCGAACGAUAGAACACAGAUUACAAAGAUCAAUCAACAGUCUACACCUUGCGUUGCCAGUAGUAGUUCUCGAGCAGUUAGAAAGCAGAGUAGUGACAAAAUCGAUAGCUUGAGUAAACAGCAAAUGAUACAAGACUAUAGUUCUCAUGUUUAUAAUUCGCCAUCAUUAAAGAAACCACACGUAUCCUCUUCAGAUGAUACUGACACCGGAUCCAGCGUUUCCGACGCAAGUGUUAGACAAUUGGCGCAUGGAAUUAAAUAUAUAGAUUCAGCCGGACGUGGAUGGACCCCACAAGAUAUUAAAACAUCGACGAAGGACAGCCGACAAUCAGACGUUGUAUCAAGGCAAUCAGAUCAUUUUGAUAAAGGGCAUGGAAACAUCUUCGUAGAUGUAGAUGAUACCGACGGGAAAAUGCAGCAAGUGAUAUAUCCGCCUGUACGUGUACUUAGAGAAAUGUUUGACGAUAAAAAAGACAGGAUUAACAAACCAAAACAAUACGAACCAAAGCAACAUCCUCUGAAUGAUCCAUCUAGGGUUGGAUACAACGAUCCAGUGCAGUACUAUGGGUCAGCGACUACAGUAUCGGAUUCAUCGGGUAAAAAGCGUUACCCUAAAACACCACCUAGAUCCAGACGUAUUAUAAACCAAUAUAAAGAUUAGAAACAGUCAUGGUCCAACGGAAGACUUGCAACUGUAUCUAGGGUAUAUGUACCAGAGUUACCUACUUAUACCACAGAACAACUGGAUUGUUCCUGGACUAAACCUGCUUUAGUGACAAAAAUGAAAAAAAAAACACUUUCAAAGGUUACAAUGCUUUGAUAUAAUGAAUUAAUUUUCUUUGGUUUAACAAAUCAGAGUUAACGUGGUUAUUUAAUAGAAUUAAUUUUUUUCUGAAUUAGAAUUUUGACUAGUGAAAAAUUAUUGAGUGUACAGUAGACGCAUGUAAAUUAACAAAUUUUAUUAACAUUUAGCCUGUUAGCGGCAGGUGAUUCUGUCUUUACAGUGUGUUAUGUAUGAUUUAAUUAUCAUAAUCUAUAACUCAGUUUCUUUCAAAUGUAAAUUAUUCGGAUGUUGUAGUAGCCGUCAAUAUUCAUUUGCCUUAACAUAUAAUAGUCGAGUUAUUCCUCGCGUAGAACCAUUGGAAUCAAUGUUCGCCGUUUUUCAAAGAAUUUGAGAGAAGCUCUUGGAAUGUUGUUUUUCUAGAACUUUUUGGAAAAACUGAAUUUUGAAUAUAAGCGAUAGCUUCUCUGAUCUUAUAUCUUUGGUACGCAGUUUCUAGUUUCAUCAGAGUUAGAAAGUCACUUCAAAAAGGUCACGUAAACGUCCGAAGAAUACCGGAAUGCUACGGGAAAGCACGAAAAUUGUCGAUUGUCAGCACGAGUCAUACUUGAUCUGCUCAAUUUCUAAAAUGGACUGGUUCGUCGUUCAAUUUUGGCAAUACCAUUUUAUAAAUUAUUCAAAGGGGUGUUCAUUGAAAAUUACUGACUUAAUAGCGAACAGUGCAGGCGGACGUGAAGGCUGUUCCUGGUAUGCACUGUUGGUAAAGGCAGAAUCACUUGACGCCAGCAGGUUAAUAUUUUCGUGGGUUAAAUGUCGUUGAAAUUUUAAAUCAUAAAUAUCAGGACCAGGUAAGAUACUUAUAGACUUGUUCUGGUCCAAGUAUUCACUUGCCGUAUUGUAUUUAUAUCUUUGUGCUCGUAGAUUUCAUCUGAAAUCUUACAUUUUUUUUAUGUUUUUUUUUUGUCUGUCUACAUAUUGAUUUGUGUCAACACAGGCGUUUGAAGCUCUAUCAAUAAAAUUUAUUUAUGUGCAGGUUAGACCUCUUGUAUAUUAAGUGGGUGGGAAUUGAUAAUGUAAAUAUAUUUAUUGAUAGAGCUUCAAGCGACUGUGGUAUCAAAAUCAUUUUGAUUUUUGAAGUGUAUGACAAUGUCUUCUUCUUUAAUACAAAAGAGUCCCUUAUUAACAUUCAUUCUCAGGUCUCAUCAACCCCAUUUCACUGACUUUAUCAUUUAAGUGUCAUUAGAAGGACCGGUCUUCUUUGAAGAUAACCAGCAUACAAAUCCCACUAUCAAGAUCCCACAAAUUGUUUAUUAGAUCGGAGCCUAGGAGGUAGAAACACAAGCUUUGAUGGCUUUCUGAUGUAAAUAGCAUACAACGUGAGAUGAGUACAUAAUAAUUCUAGUUGUUAAUUUUAAAUAAUAACAUCUGUAUACGGGUGAAGCUGAAAUAGAAAUUUUACAACUUCCAUUUUAAUUGUUUAGCUUGCGCCGAAACGUCGAAAAUUAUUGUAGAUGUCUUGGUAUCGAUUUGAUCUUUUUAGUAUCACUACCUAUAUCUGUACAUUUUUGAAACUAAAGCUUUAUGAGAAUUGUAUAUUUUCAAGAAUUGUUUGAAACUGAAAAACUGAAAAGAUAAGCUUAUGUUUUACUUCUUGGAAAUUCUAAAGGGUGUAAUAUGUACAGAAGUCUACAAUGUUUUGAUUAUGUUCUACUUAAAUGUAUGACUAUAUCAUAAAUAUUCAACAGGUACAUAAGUGAAAUACUGUUGAAAAACUGGGCCAUACCAAAAAAAAAAAAAAAAAAAAAAAAGAACAAACGAUCAAGCAGCAAAUGCUCUUA